ACUAUCCAUCAUCAAACACACGAUUGUUUCGAUAGGUUGAAGAAGCAAAAGUUCUACUUUCAAUCCACUAUGGCUUUCAAAUUCAUUGCACUCCUGGCACUCCUUGCCUGCGCCACAGCCAACUACAUCCCAGCCUAUUCCGCCGGCCUUCCGCACGCUGGAUUGCCGCUCGGUUACGGAUCACCCCUGCCGUACGGUUCGGUACUGUCUGCGCCGCACGCUGUCGUGCCGCUAGCUCAAGCAUCCCAUCUGCACGUGCAAACGCCCGCACUGAAUAACUUUAUCCAUCCGGCGUCCCACCUGGCGGUGCCUGGCGGUAAAACUACGCUUACCAAAACGUUCGUCUCCACUCCCACGUACGUCACUAGCCAUGUGUCGGAGCGAGUGCACACGGACGAACCGGUGAAGCCGGUCGCGGCGCCUGUUUACGCGUACGGCAAGAAUGUGAUCGGCGCUGUAGCACCCCUGGCGUACCCCGACCAUGCGUACCAUGGUGUGCCGUACGGUGCGUACGGUGCUGGCUAUUACGGACACGUGUAUUGA